GGGUUUUUUCUCUUGUAUCGGAAAAAAUGGCCAACUUUACGAUACCCUAAAGUUUGGAUGGCUACAAGGAAGACAAGUGUGGAUGUAUAGCCGACUCUACAAUGAGUUGGACCGCUACAGAAAUUCUAAAAUUCUGAAUGCUGCCAUUCGAGGGGCUGAUUUCAUGAUGGCAAACUUGAAAGACAAGAAGUCAAAAAAGUGUUAUUUCUUGGUUACAAGAGAGGGUCAACCGGUAAAGAUCCAAAGAACAAUAUUCACAGAAUGCUUUUACUCUUUGGGUUUGUUGGAGCUUGGAAGAGCAACAAAAGACGAGAAAUACUUGAUAGAAGGACUUGCAAUGAUAGACCAAAUAAUUGAUUGGGUUAAGACAGAAAACGGAUUCCCAGGUCUUCCUAGGCUUAGCGGAUCCCAUUCUGUUAAUGUAAUGAACGUUCCAAUGAUGCUACUCUCCCUGAUAGAUGAAAUAGAAACUGUCAUGGAAAAGCUAGAAGACAAGUAUGUUCAAGUUCGUGAAUGGUGCAUCAAACAAAUUCUACAACAUGUGCAG